AUGAAUCGCAAUCGGUUCUCAGAGUUUAUUGCGCGCCGGGGAGAGGAUGCGUCUGACGGCAGCGACGGCGGCUCCCCAGGAAGCCUGUCCUCCAUCGGCGACUCUAGCGUCAAUGUGGAGAUGGAGAAAUAUUUUUCAACAUUGAACGGCAUCGAAAGAGACAUUAACUCCGUUAGCAGCAAUGUUGACGAGCUGGGGGUUCUUCACGGGCGGCUUCUCUCUACAGCCGAUGGGGACAAGUCUGAAGCCAUUGCCGAACUGCGGGACCAAAAAACAUUACAAAUAAAUAACCAGAUCAAGAAGCUCAAGAGCGAGCUGAACGCUGUCGAUCAGAUGAAUCAAAACACCCAACUCAGCCCCGGGCAAGAGGCAACAAGAAGAAGUCGCCACACAGUUUUGGCUCGCAAGCUGAUGACCGUACUGGACAAGUACCGCACGCUCGAGCGCGAAUCACAGAAGCGAUACAGGACCCGCAUGGAGAAACAUAUACGGCUAGUCAGACCGGACGCCACCGACGAGGAAGUCGCCGAAGCAGCAAGCAACGAGGUGUCGCGUUCUGUUUUUGCAAUGGAUGUGAUGACGUCCUACCGAAGCAAAGUUGCCAAGCGCAUGCUGCGUGAUGUUGAGAAUAGAGAUAAGGAUAUUCGCGAGAUCAGCAGCACAAUAGAGCUUUUGAACCGCAUGUUCGUGGACAUGGAAGAGCUCGUCGCACAGCAGCAGGAUGUGCUAAAUAAUAUUGAGCAGGCGGUAGACAAUACCGAUGAGUAUGUAACUCAAGGAGCUACCGAAGUCAAGCGCGCAACUCGUCUGAGCAUGAAAAUUAGAAAGAAAAAGUGGUGCCUGCUUUUCCUACUGGUAUUGGUUGUCACUGCCAUUGCCCUCGGUGUUGCGAUCCCCCUGGCCACUAAAAAGGGAGGCAGCAGCAGUAACAAUAACAACAGCGGUGGUAAUGGUAGUUCAAGCAAUAGAGCCAUCAGUACUGGAGGUAUCAAACCACAGAUGUUUACCUUGUUUUUAGCAGAAUAG